GCGCGCAGUGUUGAAAAGUGUGUUUGAAAUAUUAACGCUUGUUUUCUCGGUACAGCGUCGGUCUUCAGCUGCUCGAAUUUUCUAUUAAUUGGACGUGUUUAUUAAUUUUUGACCUCCGCGUGGCCAAUUGGGCAGAGCAUAUAACUAGUCAUGGACGAUUCGCGCAGGUCGAUGGCGGGAAAGAUUGAUUCCCGUCGCUCAUCGAUGGCGACCCACGAUGAGAGCACCAUGUACCUUUCCUUCGACACCGACGACACUUUAUCGGGAGCCAAAUGGCAGUCGGCCAUGGUGACCCAGAGCAGCCAGAUUCUGGAGUUGCCGUUGGAUGACAAGGACCUCAGGCGCACCGUUUUGAAGGAUCUGCAGCAGCUGACAAUCGGCGAACCGAGUGACCAGAACUCGCCACUUCGCCCCUUCGACAAGAGCAUCCUCAACCGGCACAACGCCCUCAGCUCCACGCCCUCCAAGGACAAUGCAUCCAUAGAUUCGCAGCAACAUAUCAUGACCAUGGAUUUGACCCAUGUGGAGGACAAGGAGAACGCCCAGCCGGAAGGGGAUAAUUCCACUCUGUCCAGUUCUGUGGACUUGACGGCCAAUACGGUGAAGGCCAACACUUUGAAGACCGAGGACGCCACCAUGGACGAGGUGUCCUUGCAGGAGGCUCCCAAGCCAACGGCUCCGAGUCAAGUUUAUCCUUUGAGUGCCAAUGUGGUGCUGGAGAAUAUCACUGAAGUUUCCAAUGAAGGAGUAUCCAUGCUAGCCUCGCCACCCGCUGAAAAGGAGGUAGCUCAGGUCACCGAGGUGGUAAACGAAGUCUCCGAGCUAAUAGCCAAGGCCCUCAAGAUGUCCAGCGAUUCCGUGAAGCCAUCUUCCUCCAAAUUGAAAGUGGAGGUGGGCAAGAAGAGGCAGUCCAUGACCUCCACCUACUCGGGGGCCCUGCCACGCCCCCGGCGCUCCUAUAUGCCAACCAGCAGCACCAGUGGCGAGACGCGCACCUACUCCUUCAAGCAGCGCAUGUCGGUGGUGGUCAAGACCACGCUGAAUAGUCCAGCCCGCAAGCUGAGUGCGGGUGGCGGCUUGGCUGUGAGCCGGCGCAGCUGCUUGCCCGUCUCCAAGUUGUCGAAGGGCGGCAAUCGCAAGUCUCUGGCUGUGACCAACGGCCGUUCGCCGCCCAAGAGCACCACAAAGUUGGCCAAGCCGCCAAUUAAAUCAAUUCCCGAAACCGUUUUCAAUUGCAAGACGUGCGCAGCCCCUUUCCGCCUCAAGUCGCUGCUCGAUAUGCAUAUGCGCAUGCACGACCUGGUGGACAACGGACCCAAGACCCUCAAGCGACUGAACACCAAUCCGCCGGCUGCGGCAGGUGGCUCCAAGAAUCGCUGCAAGUACUGCGACAAGAACUUUGCCCUGGAGCGCGCUUUGCACAUCCAUCUGAUGAAGAACUGCGAGAAGAUACCGCCGGCCGAGAAGCGCAAGCUGGAGUUUACCGAACUGAACCACGAGAAGAAGGCCCAGCUGCCGAAGGUCGGUUCCACAAAUGUGAUUAACCAGCCAGCGGCAGUGACAGUGCCGCAGAAGCCACAGCAACGCAUGAGCACACUUCCAAGAAUGGCUUCCUUGAGUGGCGCGCAGUCCAUGGCCCCGCCGUCCGUGAAGAAGGUGCCCAAGAACGUUGCGCAUGCCGGAGUCUAUCGCACUCCCACCAAGACUGUGCCCUGUCACAUCUGCAAGCAGUCCUUCAAGAGCAUACUGGAGUUCACCAACCACAGCCUGACCGUGCACGCAAAGGGCGGAGAGAACGCACAGAGUGCCAAGGAUUAAAUCAAACGAUUCGCGUGUAGACUAGUCUAGGUCUAAGUUAAAUGUACUUUAAUCUCUCCCAGUUUAAAUGCACAUUAACCUAA